UUCAAAGGACAGAUUUUUAUGGGUUUUGUGGGUGACUUGACUCGCGUGAUGUGCAAUUUUGAUGGCUAUGGACUCUGAUAAUGAAUGUGCUGAAGUCCUUUCUAUUGCAGAUGUUCAUUCUAGUAUGCUAGGCGUGACGGUCUGGUUUCCGCACUUUUUAGUGAUUAUAUCAAUGGGCCGGCAGAGGGGCAGCUUCCUGUAGCAAUAACUCGGACAGCAUUUGCUUGGGUGCAUAUUUGUGAGGAAAAAGUAUGAGCCGCUGGCAUAUGGUUUAGUUGAGUCCAUAUAUUGUCGGGUCUGAUAUAAAAAAGUAAUGUUAAGGAGGUUUAGACUCACCCCAUCGGGGGGCAAACUUCUUUGGUCUCUAUCUGAGCCUGCUUGUUGUUCACAUUGUAUGGCGGGAUCUGAGAAAGUACAUUCGGUUGGGACUCUUCCCGGCAUACAUGAGUCAGAUUCAGAGAAGGAGACGGAGUGGGAGAGGUUACUUAAACCUUUCGAUCUGGAAGAACUACGAAAGUCGCUCAUGGGGAUUUCGCCAUAUCAGCUUUGCAAAUUGCUCGGGCUUCCGAUCGAUGUGCCGAUAUCGAUGGAGUUAUUUGAGCGGGCAGGUGCACAGAAGAACUAUUCCCACACGUUCGAUGUAUACUGUAUUUUGAUCGAUAAGUUGGGUGCAGCAAAAGAGUUUAAGAUUAUUGAUAGACUGUUGUUGCAAAUGAAAGAAGAGCAGAUUACUUUUAGGGAGUCCCUUUUUCUUAUGAUUAUGAAACACUAUGGAAGAGCUAGUUUGCCUGGACAAGCCACUAGGUUGCUCUUGGAUAUGAGGAGUAUAUAUUCUUGUGAACCAACAUUUAGGUCAUAUAAUGUUGUUUUGGACAUACUAGUAGCUGAGAACUGUCCAAAUGUUGCACCCAAUGUAUAUUAUGACAUGUUGAGUAAAGGUGUUUCUCCUACUGUUUAUACUUUUUUUGUGGUGAUGAGGGCCCUUUGCCUUAUCAAUGAGGUGGAUUCGGCAUGUUCUUUAUUGAGAGACAUGACGAGACAUGGCUGUGUGCCUAAUUCGGCAGUGUACCAAAUUCUUAUUCAUGCACUUUCCAAGAGAAAAAGAGUUGAUGAUGCAUUGAAAUUACUGGAUGAGAUGUUCCUUAUGGGUUGCAGACCCGAUGUUCAGACCUUUAAUGACAUUUUAGGUGGUUUGUGUAAGUUCAACCGGAUUCAUGAGGCAGCUAAACUGUUUGACCGCAUGCUUCUUCGUGGGUUUACCCCUGAUGGUUUUUCUUAUGGGGUUCUGAUUCAUGCUCUCUGCAAGGUGGGGAAAGUUGAUGAAGCAAGGGCUUUAUGGGACAAAAUGCCCAGUUCAGAUGUUGUGCUUUUUAAUACUAUGCUGAGUGGAUAUGUGAUGAACGGACGAUUUGAUGAAGCAAAGUCUCUGUUCCGUUGCCUUUUGGAUAGUCCCUACAAGCCUGAUGUCUUUUCAUACAACAUACUAAUCUAUGGACUUUGUAAGAAGGGGCAUUUGCACUCUGCAUGGGAUUUGGUAAAUGAGAUGGAAGAUAAUGGUUGCAAGCCAAAUGUGAUCACAUACACAAUUUUGAUUGAUGCACUCUGCAAAGUGGGUUACCUAAAUGAAGCUAAUUGUCUUUUGACUGAGAUGACAGGGAAGGGAAUCAACCUGAAUGUAGUGGGAUACAAUUGUCUCAUAUGCGCCCUUUGUAAGGAAAGAAGAAUUCCUGAAGCCCUGAAAAUGUACAAUGAAAACAGAAAAGGAUGUAAGCCUGACAUAUAUACAUUCAAUUCUUUAAUACAUGGACUAACCAGGGAUGAUAAGCUGGAACAGGCCUUGGGAUUGUACCAUGACAUGUUAUUGGGAGGAGUGGCUGCUAAUACGGUUACCUAUAAUAUAUUGACGCAUGCCUUCUUAAAGAGGAAUGAGAUUCAAGAAGCUCUUAAGCUUGUAAAUGAAAUGAUAUUUAGAGGGUGUCCUCUGGAUAAUAUCACUUAUAAUGGCCUGAUUAAGGCACUCUGUCGAGCUGGUGCCGUUGAUAGAGCAUUAGGAUUAUUUGAAGAAAUGACCAGAAAAGGACUUCGUCCCAAUAACAUCUCUUGCAAUAUUUUGAUUAACGGCCUCGGUCGAACUGGAAGAGUACAAGAAGCACUUGAGUUCUUGAGGGACAUGAUUCACCAAGGCUUGACACCUGACAUUGUAACAUAUAACAGCCUCCUGAAUGGCCUAUGCAGGGAAGGCCGCAUGCGUGAGGCUUUAAAUCUGUUUGACAGGCUAAAACUUGAAGGAAUUUGCCCAGAUGUUAUUACAUAUAACACUUUGAUCAGUUGGCUGUGCAAGGAGGGGUUGUUUGAGGAUGCAUGUUUAUUCCUACAAGGUGGAAUAGGGAGUGGAUUUUUGCCCAAUCAUUGUACUUGGCAAAUUUUAGUAAGCAAUUGUAUAAGCGAGGUAUUGCCCUGAAGCUUAGAUGCAGAUUGAUUGUUAAGCAAUUUCUAAAAUCUGGACAAAUAUUGGAAUUCUGAUCAUGAGAG